UUCUUACUUUUUAUUCUCCUUGCCAAUUGUUCUAGGCUUAUUUGCUUUUCAUUACGUUCAGCUGUCAUCAAGUUCAGGCUCUUUAGUUCUUAAGUUCAAAAUGGAGUAUGAAAACCAGUAUCAGCAUGUUCCAGCAGCAAAAUACGAGUGGCUUCUCUUUGAUGUGGAUGAUACCCUUUAUCCUCUCAGUUCUGGUUUAUCCAAGGCAUGCACCAAUAAUAUUGAAGAAUUUAUGAUUCAAAAGCUUGGAAUAGAAGGAAACAAAGUCUCAGAGAUUAAUCGUGUCCUAUACAAGAAUUAUGGGACAUCAAUGGCUGGUCUCAGGGCUGUCGGCUACAAUUUUGACUAUGAUGAGUACCACAGUUUUGUUCAUGGGAGAUUACCUUAUGAGAACCUGAAACCUGAUCCUGUUUUGAGGAGUCUUCUGCUUAGCUUGCCAAUUCGCAAAGUUAUAUUCUCAAAUGGGGAUAAGGUCCAUGUGGCUAAAGUUCUAAGGAAACUUGGCUUGGAGGAUUGCUUUGAAAGAGUUAUAAGCUUUGAGACCCUUAAUCCCACUAACGGAAGCAACACUUCAGAUGAUGAACACAGCUUCCAGUUGAGAGGCUUAAGUACUGAAAUUCUUGAUGCCACCAAUUUCCCUUGCCAAUCAGCACUUCCAGAGACUCCAAUUAUCUGCAAACCAUUUGAAAAUGCAUUUGGACAAGCCUUCAAGAUAGCUAACAUCAACCCUCAAAAAACACUCUUCUUUGACGAUAGCAUCCGCAACAUACAAACAGGAAAACAAAUAGGUCUCCACACUGUGUUGGUGGGCACUUCCCAUAGAACAAAUGGAGCAGAUUAUGCAUUAGAGAGCAUACACAACAUUAGGGAAGCACUGCCAGAGCUGUGGGAAUCAGAUACUAAGAAAUCAGAAGGCAUCAGGUAUUCUGGAAAGGUUGCAAUCCGGACAUCAGUGAUGGCCUAGCUGAUGAUCACUCAAACCCAGCUGCUGCCUCGACAACAAAAUGUCAAAACCGAAAUUUCAUUAUGUAGAAUUUGUAUCUUUCACCAUAAUCAUCAUUAAUAAAAAGAA